AUGAAAAUUAAUGAGCUAAAAGGUGCGUCAUCGAGCCUCGUGGUAAAGUUUGCAGAUACAGAAAAGGAACGACAAUUGCGGCGCAUGCAGCAGAUGGCUGGUAAUAUGAGUCUGCUCAACCCCUUCGUGUUCAAUCAGUUCGGAGCCUACAGUACCUACGCACAAGUCAUCACGGAACAGCAACAAGCAGCGUUGAUGGUCGCUGCGACGGCACAGGGCUACAUCAGUCCGAUGACAGCACUCGCCUCGCACGCUCUCAACGGCAUGUCGAACACUGUGGUACCACCCUCCUCGGAUAACUUCUCUGGACUAGCGAUAGGGACAGGAGGCGGGCAACCAUUGAACGGAGCCCUGCCAUCGUUGCCCUCUCCAACUAUGCCUGGCUUUAACAUGGCCGCUCAGACUGCUAACGGACAGCCCCCACCGCAAGAUGCCGUCUACACCAAUGGCAUACAUCAGACCUUCACUGGACCUGUUCCAGUAACUGCACAAGGCCUGCCCAACGGUGAGGCAGCAGCACUGCAACACGCGGCUUACCCGGGCAUGCAGCCCUUCCCCGGAGUCGCUUAUCCAGCGGUAUAUGGGCAGUUUCCGCAGCCCAUCCCGCCACCGAUGUCAACGAUUGCGCCUGCGCAAAGAGAAGAUUUUGGUUUAAUAAUUAUAACUUUUGUCGUUCACAGCUGCUCCAUCUCGGGCCCCGAGGGCUGCAACCUGUUCAUCUACCACCUGCCGCAGGAGUUCGGGGACGCCGAGUUGAUGCAGAUGUUUCUGCCCUUUGGCAACGUCAUCAGCAGCAAAGUAUUCAUCGACCGCGCCACCAACCAGAGCAAGUGUUUCGGCUUCGUAUCGUUCGAUAACCCGGCGUCGGCGCAGGCGGCGAUCCAAGCGAUGAACGGCUUUCAGAUUGGCAUGAAGCGGCUGAAGGUCCAACUUAAGCGGCCCAAGGAUGCCAAUCGGCCUUACUAACCCAAGACGCCGUCCCUGCGCGCUCAUCGCGUGCCCAUGGUGGCGGCCGGAGCGCACGGCACGCCCGAGGCGCGCCAGUUCGCGUGUUAUCAACAAUUCUAUGGAAUUUACUACACAUUUAUUGUAUAGCAAAUAUCAUUACCUACAUACUUACCUAAAGAAUUAUGCAAGCCCACUCGGCGAGUAUACUAAAUUAGUUAAAAGUAAUUUAUUAAAUCAGCGCGUAGGAAUGCUUCAUUCUUAUCAUUAUCGAUUAAUCAUUAAAUUACUCUAUUAUAUUAUUAUAUAUACAAUUUAUUAACUUUGAUUAAAUUAUUAUUAUUAUUAUAAAAUGACACGUUAUAAAAAUUUUGUCAUUCGUAAUCAUACUUCUACUUCUAAGUACUUAACGUUUAACUGAAACUUUUAACAUAAAUUUAUUAUACUAGUUAUUUGCUUGAACUAAGCCAAACUGAAUUUAUUAAGUAAGUUGAAAAUGUAAGAAAAAAAGUGUAUUUUAAUGAUUGUAUAUUGCAAGGAAACGCAGCGCCGCGGGCGAUAGCGCGCGUGUGCCUGGCAGGUAGCCGAUAUACGACAAAGAGUAGGUGGGCCUGCUUGGCCAGUCCGGCCUGUCUAGUGUGUCCGGCCGGGCCGGCCUACCUGUCCCUGUCUGGCCAGUCCGGCCCUGUCCGGCUCGGUCCGGUCCUGUCCGGCACGUCGCCCGCCGCGCGCGCGCAGACACUGUUGUCUCCCCCCGCCGAACUGAUCACACUAAUAUAAGUGCUCGCAUAGAUCACUAUUGGAGUAUUUAUAAUGUCCUAUAUUUUGUUAAAUUUUAAUGUGUGUGUGUAUGUGUGUAAGCUAUGUGGCUGGCUCGUACCACACGACAUUCUCUCACGGCGUUACUCGAGAUGACAAUGUACUGUACCCUGCGAUUUACCACGACACAACAGUGUGCGGCGAAUGUACAGUUAUAUUAUAUACCUUGUAACUACGACUAUGUAUAAUUGAGUAGCACGUUGUAAUGACGCGUCUGUCUGUCCAUGGUACGGCCAGCAACCUCACAAACCUACAUGUUAGUGAACGAUGUUGUUGACAAAAUUAAAUGUUUGUAUUAACGCUGUGUACAAAUCAAAGUGCACUUCAUGAUUCAAUACUUAGGCCUUCGUUUCAAAAGAUCGUGUUAUUAUGUGUUGUAAAUUCCAAUAUGGGCUGUGAUAUAAAAAAUAUAAUAUCAACAUAAUGGACUGUACAGGCCGUUCGUCUCUGUAUUGCAUAUGUGUGUACCGCUCCCGAGCCGACCGCGCGCCGCGCCCCUCCUGCCAAACCGACAUCUUACCAACUCUCACAUUCCACUCUCUUUCUCAACUCUGCUCUGUUAUUGUUAUCUAAACUGAACUUUCCUGCAGUAUAAAGUAUAAAUAUAAUACUCUUACAAGCAAAACGAUCAUGAUAGGGGCAUUUUCAGAGAUUUGCUGUAAAGAAAAAUCACUAUUUAUUUUUGUACAUACUAAAAGGAAAUUCCUGAAAAUGUCUCUGUGUCAUGAAAUUACGUUACAAAUUUUGUUAUUUUGUUAUCAGAACAAAUGAUUCUGAAUGUAAAACAUCUGUAGAUAGUUAAUUAGACAAUACCGAGCAACGAGGGCGCGAGGCGCGCGCGCGGCACACUCGCGAGGUCGCGAUGUCAAUUCUCUCGGAGCGCGCUUCCCCUAAUUUGUUUAAAGCAUUCGUGUGUGAGUGUCUAUACAUUAUACAUAUAUAAAAACUAUUCGUGUUAAGGUGUUGAAUACAAUAACUGUGACUUAAUGCGUCCCGGGAGUCAACAGUGAGUGGUGCGCGAACUAACAGAAUACAAAACUAGUGUAAUUUCUACUGAAGAAAUAGAUUCAUAAUCAAGAAAAGUACCAAUAUAAAUAUAUAAUAAUACGAGAUACCUUAGAUAUAUUGUGUGCGCGCGGGCGAGUCGCACAGCGUGGCACGCGCGGCGCGGCCGGCGGGG